AUGGGUCUCCUUCAACCAACUCUCGACCGUUUGCGUGCUGCCGAUCUUGCAGUCAUAUCCCGCCAAAUUCUGCAAUCCCGAUCAUUCAGAAAACCCCUGGGCAUCCUAGCUGCCUUCAGCCUCAUCUACACCCUCAACAAGGCCCUCGCGCGCUGGUACCUCCGCACAUCCUCGCCCUGGGACUGGUCCAAAGAGAUGGUCCUCAUAACUGGCGGAAGCAGCGGCAUCGGCGCCCUCCUCGUGCGCAACCUCGCCGCGCGCGACAUCAAAGUCGUCACCGUCGACAUCCAGCCCCCGCUCACCCCUCUCCCGCCCAACGCGCGCUUCUACCAGCUCGACGUGACAUCCCCCGCCGCCGUGCGGUCCGUCGCGCAGCGCAUGCGCGAGGAUCUAGGCGGCAACCCGACCGUGCUGGUCAACAACGCGGGCGUCGGGACGGGCAAGCCGCUGCUCGCGGAGACGGACGAGCAGGUGCGCCGGACGUUUGACGUGAACAUUGUGGCGCAGUUCUGGAUGGUCAGGGAGUUUCUGCCGGCCAUGGUGAAGGCGGAUCAUGGGCAUGUGGUGACGGUCGCGAGCAUGGCGAGCUUCCUGACGCUGGCGUCCAAUGUGGGGUAUUCGUGCUCCAAAGCGGCUGCGUUGUCGCUGCAUGAGGGGUUGACGCAGGAGUUGAGGUAUCGGUAUAAUGCGAGGAAUGUGUGUACGAGCAUCAUCCACCCAAUGUUCACUCGCACGCCUCUGAUACAGCUUGCGACGGCCAAGGGGGACUUUCCGGCGGACCUGCUCGACCCGGAAGACGUUGCGGAUGCCAUCACGAAGCAGAUCCUCCGUGGUAGAAGCGGGAGUUGA